GAUAGGUAGCUGAACUUGUCAGAACGCCGGCUGGUUAUUCAACAUUUUUGUUUAUUUCUUCCCUUUUGUUUAACGUAGCGUGUUAGGUAAUAGUUGAAAGUACAAUCAGAACUGAAUCCGAAAGUGUGGUCAGAAAGACAGCAUUGUCUAUAAAGAUAUACUGUAUUAAGUCAAGCUAUAUAUGUUUGAAAUAUUACGUUUUUUCCCGUCGUAUAGAAACGGUAAUUUGCGAACGUAAUCAGAAUAACUAUUCAUGUGGGAAUGAAGAUCAGAAGUCUCGCCCUUACUUUGAUCUUGUUCUGGAUUGUCGUUAGCACUGACGGUUUCCUGCUACACGGCUCUGCUGGUCCUCUAACAGCCCAGCUGAGAGGAGCUGUACUGCUGCCCUGCUUUGUGGACAGACCCCUGCCUUUGGAGGAGCUGAAGGUGGACUGGAGAAGGACUGACUCAGACACCAUCGUGCACCUAUUCCAGGGGGGUCAGAGCAGACCUGAAUCACAGGGGGACGCCUACAGGAGCAGAGCGAGCUUCUUCUCUCAGGAAAUCCCCAAAGGCAAUUUCUCUCUGCUGCUUGAGGAUGUGAGGACUGCAGAUGCAGGGGUGUACAAGUGUGUGGUUUAUACAAAGCAGGAGCACCAGGAAACACGGGUGGCAAUACGGCAAGUAGAGCGGCUGGUGGUGACUGGUGUGGAUGAGGCUGUCUAUGCACAUGUUGCAGAGGAUGUGACUCUUAGCUGCUCUGUGGACACCCAUGUUAACGUGACAGAGCUUUAUGUGGAAUGGAGGAAGACAGACGAUGACAUCUUGGUCCUUCUUUAUGCUGAUGGAGAGAUCAGACCGGAGUCUCAGCCUGAGAGAUACUCUGGAAGAGCUGAAUUCUUCAUUGAGGAAAUUCCCAAAGGAAACUUCUCAAUGAAACUGUGGAAAGUCAGGACUGAAGAUAAUGGAGAGUUCAUGUGUGAAAUCCACACAAAUACUGAUUCUGCCAAUACAACUGUCAGGAUAUCACCGCUGGGCUAUUCAUCCCUGCACUGGUUGAUUUUAGUGCUGUGUUUUGCUGUUACGCUUAUUGUUGUGCUAAUCAUAGUUUUAAGUGCCUUACAAAGAAAGCUAUCAGGUGAAAUAAUACAACCUGUGUUGUAUCACUGUUUAUACAUCAUAGUUCCAUCCGUCAUGGUUUUCAUAGCGUUCACCCUGUGGGGCGUAACUGAAGGAUCCACAGAAGAGGCCGUUACUUGUGCCUCCAUCAGUCUGCUGAAUGUCCUGAUGUUGUUUAAUUUGAUUCCACAUCAUUUAUUUACUGGUAUAGCAAGGAAGAUUAAAGAUCUGGCUCACAGACUAGGAAGUGGAAUCUUUAUCAUUUAUGCAGGCAUAUUUGCAAUCAUUGAGUUUACAACAAAUUAUUCCACAUACACCGCUGAGAAAGUAGUACUAGGAUACUUUGUUGGUGUAUUUAUAACUACAAUGAUCUUUACAGUUUCUUUGCAAGUUGGCUACAUUUUUCUUAAGGACAUAACACUGAGCACAUUUAAGAAAAUGCUGGGCAGCAUAGCUGUUUUUCUGAUUAUCCAUAUUUCAUUUGCAACUGCUGUCGGUGUGUACCUCACGAAAUAUCUCACAGCCACAGUGAGCAAAGAAAUGCUAACUGUAUUGAUAGUUCCACUGGUUGUAGUACUAUUCCCAU